GCCUCUUCAUUGAAGCAGGGAGGGUCCGGCGUCGGAUUUCGCGCGCUAGCUGCUUGAAGUUUCUGUUUGCUUACGUAGCUGCCGCCAUGUUGCCGACGACGAACCAGCAAGCGGCCAAUCUGGCCAGCCGAGAUCAAGAUAUUUUCUUCAAGACGGUCGACAUGUGGUACAGGUCCUUUCGCAAUUCCACCAUCUAUGGGCAGUUUCGGAUUGUGGCCGCGAUCCUUUUUGGCUGCGUGGUGCUCUUCUUUCUGGUGAGCGGCGGUAGCCCCGCAGCGCCCUCGCCCUACAAUCCAGAGAAGAUCGUGGAAGACCGCGCGGCAGGGGGCCUAAUGGAGGCGACGGAGAUCUUACAGUCCCGAAACCCACCGAUGACUGGGGCUCCCUUGCCGUUUAUGCUGUACCUGGUGGCGCUGGUGGCCAUCAGCGGCCUGGCCUUCGCGGGCUGGCUCGCUGGCUGGGUCCUGGCCAAGGAUGAGGGUGAUGAGAAGAUGAGGCAAGUCUCAGAUGCGAUUCGAGAAGGGGCUGCAGGCUUCCUCUCUACACAGUAUGCCAGCAUCGCCAAGUUGGCAGUUUUAGUCUUGAUCGGCAUCUUCCUGAUGUACAUCGUCCGGGAACCGCCGAAGAAUCUUUCUCACGUGCCUUCCUCGCGCUUGGCACUUUGCGUAGCAGUCUCCUUUGCCACUGGCUCGGUGCUCUCAGGCAUCGCUGGCUAUGUGGGCAUGUGGGUGGCGGUGCGCUCCAACAUCCGCGUGGCGAGUGCUGCCACCCGGUCCUUUGGCGAGGCCAUCGCCGUUGGCUUGCGCGCCGGCGCCUUCAGUGGCGUGCUGGUGGUUUCUAUGGUGCUCUUGGGCAUCAUCGGACUUCUUUUUGGUGUACGGCUGGUAGUGCCUGCCGCUUUGCACCAGCUGCCCUUCCUGCUGGUGGGCUACGGCUUUGGCGCCUCCUUCGUGGCGCUCUUUGCGCAGUUGGGCGGCGGCAUCUACACCAAGGCGGCAGACGUGGGCGCCGACAUGGUGGGCAAGGUGGAAUCGGAUAUCCCGGAAGAUGAUCCGCGAAACCCGGCGGUCAUCGCCGACCUCGUGGGCGACAACGUGGGCGACUGCGCGGGGCGCGGCGCGGAUCUCUUCGAGUCCAUCGCCGGCGAGAUCCUCGCGGCCAUGAUUUUGGGCGGCACCCUGUCACAGCAGCUGCCUGCUGACGCUGCCAGCGGCUAUGUCUUAUUUCCCUUGGCCAUCCACGCGAUGGACAUCAUUGUCAGUGGCAUCGGGAUCAUGAUGACCGAGUCGCCCAAAGGAAAAAGUGCCAAGAACAUUGAUCCCAUGGAAGUGCUCAAGAGUGGCUACAAAAUCUCCGUGGGUUUAGCUGCCGUGGGCAUUGUGAUUCUUUGCAGGCUUUUGCUCUACACAGAUGCUCAUCCAACUGCAUGGAUGUACUUCUCAGUGUGCGGCUUAGUGGGCCUUGGAACCGCCUUCCUCUUCAUCUUGGUGACCCAGUACUACACCGACUUCAACUACCCCCCGGUGCGGCAGAUCGCGCAGGCCUCCCUCACGGGGCACGGCACCAACGUGAUCGCGGGGAUGUCCGUGGGCAUGCAGGCGACCGCCGCCCCAUCGGCCAUCAUUUGCGUGGCGCUAUUGUGCUCCUACAAGACGGGCAUGUCGGCCUUCGGCGCUCCCAGCGCCUCGGCCGGGCUCUUCGGCACGGCGGUGGCCACGAUGGGCAUGCUCUCCACCGUCGUCUUCGUGUUGGCGAUGGACGUGUUUGGCCCCAUCACCGACAAUGCGGGAGGCAUCGUGGAGAUGAGUGAGCAGCCCGAGAGUGUGCGGGACAUCACCGACAGCCUGGAUGCUGUGGGGAACACCACCAAGGCCAUCACCAAGGGCUUCUCCGUGGGCUCUGCCAGCUUGGCGUGUUUCCUGCUCUUCUCGGCAUUCUUGGAUGAAGUGUCCGAGCUGGCGGGCCACAAGGUGGACGCCGUGGACAUCUCGGUGCCCGAGGUCUUCCUCGGCGGCAUCGCUGGCGCCACGCUGGUCUUCUACUUCAGUGGCCAAUGCAUGACUGCCGUGGGGUCCGCAGCACAGGAGGUGGUCAACAACGUGCGGACGCAGUUCCGCGAGCGGCCGGGCAUCAUGGACGGCUCGCAGAAGCCGGACUACGCCUCCUGCGUCACCAUCGUGACCCAAGCGGCCCUCCGUGAAAUGGUCGCGCCAGGCAUUGUGGCGACCACGGUGCCACUCUGCGUGGGCUUCUUCUUUCGGCUGACCAGCAGCAGCAACGACAAGCUUAUCGGAGCCAAGGCCAUUGCAAGCUUCUUGAUGUUUGCCACCUCCUCCGGUGUCCUGUUCGCAAUCUUCCUGAAUACAGCAGGGGGUGCCUGGGACAAUGCCAAGAAGUACAUCGAGCAGGGCGUGCAUGGCGGCAAGGGCUCCGCUGCGCAUAAGGCGGCGGUGACUGGCGACACCGUGGGAGAUCCCAGCAAGGACACGGCCGGACCAUCGCUCCAUGUUCUCAUCAAGCUUCUUUCCACCAUCACCUUGGUUUGCUCACCCCUCUUCGUGGCAAACUAGCGACUCCUCUGAGUGGCCGCAGGAAAUUCGCUACGAUUGGCCACGACCGCCGUGCCAAAGAGAGACCGGCGUUCGCAGCACUGCCUUUCGGCAUUUCGGUUCUGGCACAGCCGGAGAAAUGGCAACAGAAAUGGCAAGAGCCAGACUUUGCCGAGAUAGAGGGAGAGCAGCGUUAAAAGAAGGUCGCAUUGAUUGUCCCGCCUCAGCACCCGCCGAGGCAUGGUUCAUUGUGCUGUAGGGUACCGCCGUCAGGAUUUAGGUUGCCUCCAUUCAUGGCCGCCCUGAAAAAAGCACUCUACGGACUCUACGAUUUGAUUUCGGCGAUCAUGUCAGGUCCUCUCGUU